GGCUUGCGAGUUUGUCAUUCUUCCCGUUCAAGGCAUCGUUGACUGUGUUGAUCCCGGCUUUUUUUCUGAAGAGCUGGGCUUCUUUGAAUCAUAUUUCACAAAAUGAAGCGGAUUUGGUUCAUUGGGCUGCUCUGUGCACAUUUAGCGUUCGCAUCUGUGAGAGCAGAGGAUGGACUUGACAUUGAUGGUACUGUGGAAGAUGAUCUGGGAAAAAGCAGAGAUGGUUCCAAAACAGAUGACGAAGUGGUGCAGAGGGAGGAGGAGUCUAUCCAGCUGGACGGGCUGAAUGCAGCUCAGAUAAAAGAGAUCAGAGAGAAAUCUGAGAAACAUGUCUUCCAGGCAGAGGUCAACCGCAUGAUGAAGCUUAUCAUCAACUCACUCUACAAGAACAAGGAGAUCUUCUUGAGGGAGUUGAUAUCCAACGCCUCUGAUGCUCUGGAUAAGAUCAGACUGAUGUCUCUGACCAACGAGGAUGCACUGGCAACCAAUGAGGAGCUCACCAUCAAGAUCAAGAUGGACAAAGAGAAGAACAUGCUACACAUCACUGACACGGGCAUCGGCAUGACCAAAGAGGACUUGGUCAAGAACCUGGGUACCAUCGCCAAGUCGGGCACCAGCGAGUUCCUCAACAAGAUGACGGAGAUUGAAACCGAGGGCCAGUCCACCUCUGAGCUUAUUGGCCAGUUCGGCGUGGGCUUUUACUCCACCUUCCUGGUUGCCGACAAGGUGAUCGUGUCUUCAAAGCACAACAACGGCACACAGCACAUCUGGGAGUCUGACUCCAAUGAGUUUUCUGUCAUUGAGGACCCUCGCGGGGAUACGCUCGGCAGGGGCACCACCAUCACGUUGGUGAUGAAGGAGGAGGCUACAGACUACCUGGAGCUGGAAACCAUCAAGAACCUGGUCAAGAAAUACUCACAGUUCAUCAACUUCCCCAUCUACAUCUGGGCCAGCAAGACAGAGACUGUUGAGGAACCCAUCGAGGACACUGAGGUGGAGAAAGAUGACACUGAGGAUGAGGUAGAGGUAGAGGUGGAGGAAGAGGAGGACAAGCCCAAGAAGGUUGAGAAGACCGUGUGGGACUGGGAGCUGAUGAACGACAUCAAGCCUAUCUGGACGAGACCAGCCAAAGAAGUAGAGGAGGAUGAGUACAAAGCCUUCUACAAGACUUUCUCUAAGGACACAGAUGAGCCCCUCUCCCACAUCCACUUCACAGCCGAGGGUGAGGUCACCUUCAAGUCCAUCCUGUUUGUCCCCGCUGCCGCCCCCAGGGGCAUGUUCGACGAGUACGGAACCAAGAAGAACGACUUCAUCAAGCUGUUUGUCCGUCGAGUCUUCAUCACUGACGAUUUCAAUGACAUGAUGCCGAAAUACCUGAACUUUGUCAGGGGAGUGGUGGACUCUGAUGAUCUGCCCCUGAAUGUGUCAAGAGAAACCCUGCAGCAACACAAGUUGCUCAAGGUCAUCCGUAAGAAGCUGGUGCGUAAGACCCUGGAUAUGAUAAAGAAGAUUGCAGAGGAGCAGUACAAUGAGAAGUUCUGGAAGGAGUUUGGCACCAACAUUAAACUGGGCGUGAUUGAGGACCACUCCAACCGGACUCGUCUGGCCAAACUGCUACGUUUCCAGACCUCCAACAGCGACACGGUGCUGGCCAGCCUGGAGCAGUACGUGGAGAGGAUGAAGGACAAGCAGGACAAGAUCUACUUCAUGGCCGGGACCAGCCGCAAGGAGGCUGAGUCUUCUCCCUUUGUAGAGAGUCUGUUGAAGAAGGGUUAUGAGGUGAUCUACCUGACCGAGCCAGUGGAUGAGUACUGUGUCCAGGCCUUGCCAGAGUUCGACGGUAAGCGCUUCCAGAACGUGGCCAAGGAGGGCAUCAAGUUUGACGAGAGCGACAAGGCAAAGGAGACCAGGGAGGUCCUGGAGAAGGAGUACGAACCCCUCACAACCUGGAUGAAGGACAGCGCCCUCAAGGACAAGAUUGAGAAGGCUAUCCUGUCCCAGAGGCUGACCAAGUCUCCCUGUGCCCUGGUAGCCAGCCAGUACGGCUGGUCCGGUAACAUGGAGAGGAUCAUGAAGGCACAGGCCUACCAGACAGGAAAAGACGUCUCCACAAAUUAUUACGCAAGCCAGAAGAAAACAUUAGAGAUCAACCCAAAGCACCCUCUCAUCAAGGAACUGCUGAAACGCAUUUCUACUGACGCCGAGGACCAGACUGCCUCUGACCUGGCCAUGGUGUUGUUUGAGACGGCCACGCUGCGUUCAGGCUACCAGCUUCAAGACACCAAGGCCUAUGGAGACAGGAUUGAACGCAUGCUGCGGCUCAGUGUGAACGUAGACCUCAACGAACAGGUUGAGGAGCCAGAGGAGGAGCCUGAAGAGGCAGCGGAGGCUGAGGAAGAAGAGGAAAUUCAAGAUGAGGAUGAAAUAUACAUUUUAUUCGUAUUUCUCAUAGAUUUGACAUCAGGAAUGAGUAUAGAAAUUCCUGAAGGAUUGACGGAGCUGUUGCAGAGCUUUACCGUGGAGGUGCUGAGGAACCAGCCGGGAGAUUUGCUCGAGUUCGCUUUGCAGUAUUUCACCCAACUGAAGGACAGUGAAAUUAGAGGAGCCGCGUUUGGCAAUGACCAAAAUUCGGCCACGAGACCCAGUGGGAAAGCGGUCAAUUUCAUUGAGGAAGCCAUGCAGAUUGAUUCUGAAAAUGGAGAGGAGGAGAGUGACGACGAGGAAUUCACAGCUCCUGUGAUGAGUCGAUUUAUUAGAAGAGCAUCAGUGUGUGCCGAGGCAUUCAACCCUGAUGAAGACGAGGAGGACAAAGAGCAGAGGGUUGCCCACCCUAAAACAGACGAGCAGAGGCAAAGACUACAGGAGGCCUGCAGAGACAUCCUCCUGUUUAAAAACCUGGACCCGGAACAAUUUUCGCAAGUACUUGACGCCAUGUUUGAGAAGUUCUUUGCGGUAGGAGAGCACAUCAUAGAUCAAGAUGACGAUGGGGAUAACUUCUACGUUAUAGAAAGAGGGAUAUUUGAUAUCUGCAUGAGGGUUGAUGGCAUUGAGAAGACUGUGGGAGCCUAUGAUAACCGGGGGAGCUUUGGAGAGCUGGCCCUGAUGUACAACACCCCCAGGGCGGCUACCAUCAUAGCCACCUCGCCUGGAGCUCUCUGGUGCCUGGAUCGUCUGACGUUCAGGAGGAUCAUUGUAAAGAACAACGCUUUGAAGAGGAGACUUUAUGAGGAGUUCAUUGAAUCUCUUCCAUUCCUUACGUCACUAGAGCUUUCAGAGAGAAUGAAAGUAGUGGACGUGCUGUCUUCUAAACCAUUCAGCGAUGAAGAACAGAUCAUCUCUCAGGGUGAUCUAGCAGAUUGUUUUUAUAUAGUUGAAUCUGGUCAAGUUAGAAUCACCAUGAAAAGAAGCAGGACGAAAAAAGACCAAGAGGAUGAGGAGGUCGAUAUAGCCACGUGCUCAAGAGGGCAGUACUUUGGAGAACUGGCUUUGGUCACAAACAAACCCAGAGCUGCUUCAGCUUAUGCUGUGGGAAGUGUUAAAUGUUUAGUUAUGGACGUCCAGGCAUUUGAGAGGUUGCUGGGCCCCUGCAUGGACAUCAUGAAGAGAAACAUUGCAAAUUACGAAGAGCAGCUGGUCACGUUGUUUGGAAAUAGCACCACUGACAUCGAGGGAAAAAACCUAUGAAAUCCAGAAAGGGAAAAAAGACUAAGUGAGAUACAUUAUGAUGAAGGUGUGAGAAACCAGGAUAACACUUUAACUUGACACCCAGCAUCAUAACACGUUAUGACAUGGUCAUAAACAUGUCAUAAUAUGUCAUAAAAGCUGACAUAACAUGUAAUAACAUGGUCACAAUACUGUCAUGACCCAUAUAGUUACACCUGUUGUGAGAUAUAUUGCGUUAUUUUAUGGCUGGUUAUGACACCUACAUAAGAAUGUAUUUGUGCUUUUCCCUGCCAAGAAGUUUCCUUCUUUUUUUUUGUCUCUGUCAUAUUUUAAAUAAAUUGCAGAAAAUGCACUUUAUGACACUGUCAUGAAGCAUUAUGCCCAUCCUGUGUCACUUUAAUCGGGACUAAGAAAAUACUCUUUAUGGCCCUGUGAAGAAGCAUUAUGACUAUCAUAAUCAUAUAAGCCAGAUAGGCCUAUCACGUACAUGCCCUUAUGUCAGUCAUAAAUAGGGUGUCUCGUCCUGCUCCUGGAAUCUGCUCCUGCAUUCAUCCCAGUCAUCAGCAACAGAACAUUGGGGUAGAGAUGUCUGACAUCAAUGUGUGGACAAUUACAAUCAUAAUUUAAUAUGGUUAAUUUCAUAAAAUGUUAUAUAACAUAAACAUACUUUUGACAAGUAGGCAAUGGUGUAAUGGAAUGUUUUGCCUUGUGUGGUAGGUUUUGUGGGUUUUAACACUCUUACGUAGGUGUCAUAACCAGCCAUAAAAUAACACAAUACAUGUCUCAACCGGUCUAAAUAUAUGUGUCAUGACAGUGUUACAGCUGUUAUGACAUAAUGACGGGUGUCAAAUAAAGUGUUGCCGAAACCAGUGGGUAGAAAGUAUUGAUUUCCGUUCUGAAAAUGUGAAACACAGUAUGUCACCAUUAGUGAUUUAGAUAGGGUAAGACAAAAUGUGUAAGUUUGAUUCCAGAUGACACAAUGGUAUGUUUUAAAGGAUUUUGUCUGGGAGUAAUAUUUUUCUUGAAAGAAAGAUGCGUGUUAAUCCAAAAUGUGAACGUUAAUUUGUUCUGUCCUCACAACUUUUUCCUCUUAGAUUUUCUACAAGUGUGCAUUUUAUUGAAUUUAUCACAUUUUGACAUUUUAACUCACUGUUUGUAUAAUGAUCACUAUAACAUUAUAGAUGAUAUAUAAAUUGUCCUUUCAAAUAUUCUGAUAUCGUAUUUCAUCAUGUGCCAAAGGCCAUUCAAAUCCUUGUUAGAUUAUGAUGGUGUCAUCAAAACUUCACAGUAAUUAUCGCAUUUCACAGUUAACAAGUUUUUUUUGUUAAUAAUUUGAUAUUCUCAUGUUGACAUAUCUUUUAGCAAGGGGGACCGUGCAUUUAAUAGGAUACAGAAGGGAACUAGGUCCUUUUGUUUCAACAUGGUGGUAAGAACAAACAAUCUUGUCAUCAGAAAAUAAGGGAAAAAGAGAUCUUUCUACAUCGGAGAAUGUAAAUGUACUUAUGGAAGCAGUAGUCCUUUUAUCAUUGCAAAUGUGUCUCCUCAAACAUGUGAUUCAACUCCCUGAACAUGUCUGUGAACAAACUGUAAUACAUUAUUCACUGUGUGCUUUAAGAAACAGUUAAUAAUGCCAUACUUUUGCACAACAAAAUAAUCAUAGUUUUGUAAGAAUAUAAAUACAGUUGGCUGACCAUCUUUGAGCGCUUGAAUCCUCUAAGCUGCAGCACUAGACACUAGUUACCAUACCGGUAAUAUGGUAUUUGAACCGUUAUUGUCUUUAAUGAACUAGUUUAUUUUACUUGUGUUUCUCAUUUUAAAUGUACAACAUUAAUUAUUAAAUGCAACUGUUCUCGUGUGCCAGUGACACAUAAUAAUAUGCAGUUUUUAGCCAUGACUUCAAGGACAUUGAUAAUGUGUGUCCAAAUGACACCCUAUUCCCUACAUAAUGCACUGCUUUUGACCAGAGCCCUAUGGGUCCUGGUCCAAAGUAGUUCACUAUAUAGGGAAUAGGGUGCCAUUUGGUACACAACCAUAGUUAUAUUGCAUUUAUUGCUGUCUACCUCUACAUAAAUUGCAAACAACAUGUACCUUUUGGAAAACGUGCACAAUGGUCCCCUGCUUUCUCAAUAGCAGCCUCUCUCUCUCUCUCUCUCUCUCUCUCUCUCUCUCUGUCUCUCUCAAUUCAACUCAAUUCAAAGGGCUUUAUUGGCAUGAGAAACAUAUGUUUACAUUGCCAAAGCAAGUGAAACAGAUAAACAAAAAUGAAAUAAACAAUCAGAAAUGAGCAGUAACAUUACAUUUACAAAAGUUUCAAAAGAAUAGAGACAUUUAACAUGUUAUAUUAUGGCUAUGUACAGUGUUGUAACAAUGUGCAAAUAGUUGAAGUACAAAACUGAAAAUAAAUAAACUGAUAAAUAUGGGUUGUAUUUACAAUGAUGUUUGUGAUUCACUGGUUGCCCUUUUCUUGUGGCAACAAGUCACAAAUAUUGCUGCUGUGAUGGAUCACUGUGGUAUUUCACCUAAUAAAAAUGUGAUUUGUUUUCCAA